AAUGUUUAUGUCAUGCUGGAAAUUUGAAGCUCCAUAUCCAUUACUGGAUUCGAGUUGCCAGGAUCCAUUCAAACGCUAGAACAUUCCACAUCCAUAUGUCACCGGCCUCAGGAAUGUUGCUUGAUGAGACCCCACUGUUCGAUCCAUCUCUCCUCACAGAGCUGGACUGGAGUAGAAACACUGUCCACUUCUCACCCCCAAUUUCCCCCUCUCUGCCUGGGGAGGGUCUGGUCCUUCGCCCUCUCUGUACUGCUGACCUAGACAGAGGCUUCUAUAAGGUCUUAUCACAGCUCACAGUAGCAGGGGAUGUCACAGAGGAACAGUUUAAAGCAAAUUUUGAACAUAUGAAGAGAAGUGGAGACUAUUAUGUCAUUGUGGUGGAAGACACAAAUCUUGGACAAAUUGUUGCCACCGCAACACUUAUCAUAGAACACAAAUUCAUCCACGCUUGUGCAAAGAGGGGGCGUGUGGAGGAAGUCGUUGUGAGCGAUGUAUGCAGAGGGAAGCAACUCGGAAAACUGUUGGUUUCAACAUUGACUCUCCUCAGCAAAAAGUUGCAGUGCUACAAAGUAACGCUGGAGUGUGCACCGAAAAACGUGGAAUUCUAUAAGAAGUUUGGCUAUUCUGCAUCAGACGAAACUUACAUGCAGUGCCGGUUCUUUGAAUCGAACAGGACAUAGAA